AUGGCUGUGAGGCUUCGGGUUCGGAGGCUUCGAAGUAAAAAAUUCGGCACCAUUUCUCGGAUCACACACUUUUCAGUUUGAGCUAAAGGGCUAACGUUUUGAGUUAUUGCACUUUUUAUGUUUUUGGUAGAAAUAUAAAGAUUCUGUCCUGGGCUGCCUGUGAUCUGGGUUUAGAUCUGGUUUGUUCUGGUGUGGUUUGUUGAGUGUGUUGUUUACAGUAAAGGCCUAUACUUUCUGCAGUUUAACAAACUUCAAAUAAAACUGCUAGAAAUGAAUGGGCCUGUCAUCGGAGGUUACAUACGAGCUGGGCUGUGGUCGUGUGUUAUGACGGACAUACACACACACACACACACACUCCUCCCAGUCCCUAGAAAGAAUACAUAGUUAUAAGGCUAUGGUUGCGACUGGAGAACAAAUUAUGAUGUGGGGGAUAAGGAAGCGUUUUACGACAGUGACAAACGAUAGCUGGUCUGUUUUAAUAGGGUGGUUUGUUUGUGUACCGGCAUGGUGGGGCUGAUAGGUCCAACUUUGAAGGGGUUGUCGGGUUCUGCACGGUUCAAAGGUUUUAUUAACAGCUAAAUACGUCUGCCCAGUUUUUGACUGAAAUUUCUCUAUUGCUCUACAGUGAAUGAAAUAGUCGUUUUUUGGUACUGGUUUGUAUGCACACUAAUGUGCACUAAUAAAUAUCAAAUACUGACAUUUGUAAUUUCUACAGUACAUUUAAUCUCUUUAUUGGCCAGUACACUACUGGUCUGGAUAAUAUUCUGAAAUAUUUCAUACGGGGUUUAGAGUUUAUAUUUAUUACUGUUGGAAAUAAAACAGUUUUGCGCAAUAUACUAAAUCCUCCUGAAUAACUCUUGGAUAUGAAGAAUAGGGCUCUACCAAUGGUUAUGUAUUACAGUGUGUGUGUGUGUGUUAAUGUCCAUGUUGUCUCUCUGUCUCCAGGUAUGCUGCUGGUGACUGCAGACACCCUGGGCCAUGACUUCCAUGUGUUCCAGGUCCUUACACACCCCUGGGCCUCCAACCAGUCUGCUGUCCACCACCUCUACACACUGCACCGCGGCGAGACUGAGGCCAAGGUAAUACACACACCUACAGUGGCUUGCGAAAGUAUUCACCCCCUUGGCAUUUUUCCUAUUUUGUUGCCUUACAACCUGGAAUUAAAAUAGAUUUUUUGGGGGUUUGUAUCAUUUGAUUUACACAACAUGCCUACCACUUUGAAGAUGCAACAUAUUUUUUAUUGUGAUACAAACAAGAAAUAAGACCAAAAAAAACAGAGAACUUGAGCAUGCAUAAGUAUUCUUGGGGUCAGUGGGGAAAAAAAGUAUUUAGUCAGCCACCAAUUGUGCAAGUUCUCCCACUUAAAAAGAUGAGAGGCCUGUAAUUUUCAUCAUAGGUACACGUCAACUAUGACAGACAAAUUGAGAAAAAAAAUUCCAGAAAAUCACAUUGUAGGAUUUUUAAUGAAUUUAUUUGCAAAUUAUGGUGGAAAAUAAGUAUUUGGUCACCUACAAACAAGCAAGAUUUCUGGCUCUCACAGACCUGUAACUUCUUCUUUAAGAGGCUCCUCUGUCCUCCACUCGUUACCUGUAUUAAUGGCACCUGUUUGAACUUGUUAUCAGUAUAAAAGACACCUGUCCACAACCUCAAACAGUCACACUCCAAACUCCACUAUGGCCAAGACCAAAGAGCUGUCAAAGGACACCAGAAACAAAAUUGUAGACCUGCACCAGGCUGGGAAGACUGAAUCUGCAAUAGGUAAGCAGCUUGGUUUGAAGAAAUCAACUGUGGGAGCAAUUAUUAGGAAAUGGAAGACAUACAAGACCACUGAUAAUCUCCCUCGAUCUGGGGCUCCACGCAAGAUCUCACCCCGUGGGGUCAAAAUGAUCACAAGAACGGUGAGCAAAAAUCCCAGAAGCACACGGGGGGACCUAGUGAAUGACCUGCAGAGAGCUGGGACCAAAGUAACAAAGCUUACCAUCAGUAACACACUACGCCGCCAGGGUCUCAAAUCCUGCAGUGCCAGACGUGUCCCCCUGCUUAAGCCAGUACAUGUCCAGGCCCGUCUGAAGUUUGCUAGAGUGCAUUUGGAUGAUCCAGAAGAGGAUUGGGAGAAUGUCAUAUGGUCAGAUGAAACCAAAAUAGAACUUUUUGGUAAAAACUCAACUCGUCGUGUUUGGAGGACAAAGAAUGCUGAGUUGCAUCCAAAGAACACCAUACCUACUGUGAAGCAUGGGGGUGGAAACAUCAUGCUUUGGGGCUGUUUUUCUGCAAAGGGACCAGGACGACUGAUCCGUGUAAAGGAAAGAAUGAAUGGGGCCAUGUAUCGUGAGAUUUUGAGUGAAAACCUCCUUCCAUCAGCAAGGGCAUUGAAGAUGAAACGUGGCUGGGUCUUUCAGCAUGACAAUGAUCCCAAACACACCGCCCGGGCAACGAAGGAGUGGCUUCGUAAGAAGCAUUUCAAGGUCCUGGAGUGGCCUAGCCAGUCUCCAGAUCUCAACCCCAUAGAAAAUCUUUGGAGGGAGUUGAAAGUCUGUGUUGCCCAGCGACAGCCCCAAAACAUCACUGCUCUAGAGGAGAUCUGCAUGAAGGAAUGGGCCAAAAUACCAGCAACAGUGUGUGAAAACCUUGUGAAGACUUACAGAAAGCGUUUGACCUGUGUCAUUGCCAACAAAGGGUAUAUAACAAAGUAUUGAGAAACUUUUGUUAUUGACCAAAUACUUAUUUUCCACCAUAAUUUGCAAAUAAAUUCAUUAAAAAUCCUACAAUGUGAUUUUCUGGAUUUUACUCUUCUCAUUUUGUCUGUCAUAGUUGACGUGUACCUAUGAUGAAAAUUACAGGCCUCUCAUCUUUUUAAGUGGGAGAACUUGCACAAUUGGUGGCUGACUAAAUACUUUUUUCCCCCACUGUAUGUCUUUAUAAACUUUGCCCAUUCUUCAAGGCAAAACUGCUCCAGCUCCUUCAAGUUGGAUGGGUUCCGCUGGUGUACAGCAAUCUUUAAGUCAUGCCACAGAUUCUCAAUUGGAUUGAGGUCUGGGUUUUGACUAGGCCAUUCCAAGACAUUUAAAUGUUUCCCCUUAAACUACUCGAGUGUUGCUUUAGCAGUAUGCUUAGGGUCAUUGUCCUGCUGGAAGGUGAACCUCCCUCCCAGUCUCAAAUCUCUGGAAGACUGAAACAGGUUUCCCUCAAGAAUUUCCCUGUAUUUAGGAUCAUCCAUCAUUCCUUCAUUUCUGACCAGUUUCCCAGUCCCUGCCAAUGAAAAACAACCCCACAGCAUGAUGCUGCCACCAUGCUUCACUGUGGGGAUGGUGUUCUCGGGGUGAUGAGAGGUGUUGGGUUUGCGCCAGACAUAACGUUUUCCUUGAUGGCCAGAAAGCUCAAUUUUAGUCUCAUCUGACCAGAGUACCUUCUUCCAUAUGUUUGGGGAGUCUCCCACAUGGCUUUUGGCGAACACCAAACAUGUUUGCUUAUUUUUUUCUUUAACCAAUGGCUUUUUUCUGGCCACUCUUCCAUAAAGCCCAGCUCUGUGGAGUGUAUGGCUUAAAGUGGUCCUAUAGACAGAUACUCCAAUCUCCGCUGUGGAGCUUUGCAACUCCUUCAGGGUUAUCUUUGGUCUCUUUGUUGCUUCUCUGAUUAAUGCUCUCCUUGCCUGGUCCGUGAGUUUUGGUGGGCGGCUCUCUCUUGGCAGGUUUGUUGUGGUGCCAUAUUCUUUCAAAUUUUUAAAUAAUGGAUUUAAUGGUGCUCCGUGGGAUGUUCAAAGUUUCAGAUAUUUUUUUAUAACCCAACCCUGAUCUGUACUUCUCCACAACAUUGUCCCUGACCUCUUUGCAGAGCUCCUUGGUCUUCAUGGUGCCGCUUGCUUCGUGGUGCCCCUUGCUUAGAUGCAUCGCAGACUCUGGGGCCUUUCAGAACAGGUGUAUAUAUACUCAGAAUUUGUGACAGAUCAUGUGAAAGUUAGAUUUCACACAGGUGGACUUUAUUUAACUAAUUAUGUGACUUCUGAAGGUAAUUGGUUGCACCAGAUCUUAUUUAGGGGCUUCAUAGCAAAGGGGGUGAAUGCAUAUGCACGCACCACUUUUCCGUUAUUUAUUUUUUAGAAUAUUUAGAAAUUCAUUUCACUUCACCAAUUUGGACUAUUUUGUGUAUGUCUAUUACAUGAAAUCCAAAUAAAAAUCAAUUUAAAUUACAGGUUGUAAUGCAACAAAAUAGGAAAAACUCCAAGGGGGAUGAAUACUUUUGCAAGGCACUCCUGAGUGGCGCAGCGGUCUAAGGCACUGCAUCUCAGUGCUUGAGGCGUCACUACAGACCCCCUGGUUCGAUUCCAGGCUGUAUCACAACUGGCCGUGAUUGGGUGUCCCAUAGGGCAGCGCACAAUUGGCCCAGCGUUGUCCAGGUUUGGCUGGUGUAGGCCAUCAUUGUAAAUAAGAAUUUGUUCUUAACUGACUUGCCUAGUUAAAUAAAGGUUAAAUAAAAAUAAAAUAUACACACCUAAUAUUCAUCAUACACUCACUGACACUUCUGAAAUCAUUUGAUAUAGGCCUACUUAUCGCCUGUAAAUAAUCCACAUUUUAGUAAUUCAGCACUGAGGUGGUUUCUGAACAGGGCCACCCAUAGCUGUUUACUGAGUGCGCUCUGGCCGUAGCAUUUAAACCAAGCCUUUGAUCUGCUGGAGUGUAUGUUUGCCUGUGUUGUGUCUAAACACUGUCAGAUAGACAACACUGGGCUUCAUCUGACUGUACAGUGAAAGGAAGAGUAGUUGGAUGGCUCUGAUCAGACACAGUUCUGUAGCAUGGCCUCACAGGUUCAAGUAGUACAUGGGGAAAACGUGUGCUUGUGUGUGACCACUAAAGCUUAAAUGUAAUUUCCUCAUUACAUUGUUAGGAAGGGUAAAACACUAUUCGGCUGGAUGAUGUGAGUUGAGUGUUUGUGUGUGUGCGUGUGAGGGGAUAAUAACCCAAACAGGGUGGGGUGUGACCCAGGGAGCUCUGUAAUUGAUGUGAAGGAUGAUUUAGAAAUAAGCAAGGCCUCAUUGCCUCUCACUUGACUGCAGUACCAGAUUCCUCACAGCUGUGGAAUCACAGCCUUCCAGCCAAUCAAUUCAUCGCCGUCCAAAGCAAACACAUUUUCAAAAGCUGAGACAAUUUGUAAGACAAAUAGGGCAUGGCGAGUUUCAAACAACAUUCACUAUGGCUCAUUCAAUAAAAAAGGCUGCUGCAUGUUUUCUUCUUGUCCCUAGCUAACAGCGCUCUCUCGCAAUCUCACUCCCUCUCUGUCUCUCUCUCGGUCUCUCCCUCGCUGUCUCCCUUGCUGUCUCCCUUGCCGUCUCCCUCGCGGUCUCCCUUGCUGUCUCCCUCACUGUCUCCCUCGCUGUCUCCCUCGCUGUCUCCCUCGCUGUCUCCCUCGCUGUCUCCCUCGCUGUCUCCCUCGCUGUCUCCCUCGCUGUCUCCAUCUCUGUCUCUCUCUAGUGAAAAUCUAAUAUUGUGAGUUGUUAGGAGGAGGGACGACCCCCUUUCCUCCCCUCUUCCCCGGCUAAUCACAUUGUGAGGCUGUGCAGAGCCUCCUUUGAGGAAUGACCACCAUUAAAGCACUCCCUCUGAAGUUGUGGCUCACGCUGCUGCUGCCGCUUUAUGUCAGAUGAGGCCUUGCUUAUGGAGCACACACACUCAGUCACUCGCACGCAUGCAUGUACACACACACACACACACACACACACAGCCUCAGUGGCUUGUAAGGAGAUUUAUCGGACCCAAGUCAAGGGACGCAGCAUCCUGUAUUCUCCCUCUACAGCAUGCAGGCCUGUUAUAUAGAAUCACAGUUUAUGCAGCACUUCUGUCAAUCCAAGUUGUAGGUUUAGUCCCCCGAGGUAAAAGUUACCCUAGUGUGUUCUCUCCUAUCGGGCCAACACAGGUGCUCAGUGGAGUUUGGAGGCUAAACUAUUUAAUAUGUACGUCUAUUGGUUUGUAGGAUACUUGUAUUUCUGUUGGUAUUUUUGACCCAUUUAGUCUGUUUAUAUGGAUAUUUCUUCUCUUAUUAAUGAACUCUCAAUUGUUUAGCUUAGCAGCCGUUCCGGGACAAAAAUUGUAUUUUUAGUUGGCAACUUGCGAUGUUCUAUUUGCUUUGGCAGAACUAAUAUUUAUCUGUGGAGCGCUUGAACCCUAGCUGCCGGUCCCACUAGUGUCAUGUUUGGACCAGAGCACUGAUCUAGGCUUUGCUUCGACCUUGUGCACACACACACACACACACACUUACACAUCCACGCAAACUCCUCCACGGACACACACACACACACACAUGAUUGUAAUGGGCUGGUUAAUGUGUGACUUAUAACGGCAGGUCCUGCUGCCUGGCGGUGUGUUACUAGCUUUGAUCCUGCUGUUGUAAACACUGUAGAGACUACAGCAGAGAGAGAGAGAGCAGGCUGUAGGGCACAGAGGUUAUCUCCUACACAGCAUACAAGGCCGGAAGUGCAAAUGGUGCUGUAGCAAGGUGGGUGGACACAGCUCUUAUCUGGCUGGACUGACUGGGCUGGGCUCGCUCCGACUCACCAAACACGCUCCAAACACACACACACACUCCCAACACUGACCCAGAGUCAGCCCAGGUAAACAGGCAUGGCUCUGAUAGCGAUAGGAGGGUUUCUCAGUAAUAGGGCCCUAGGUGGUUUGAAACCAGUUUAAACUGGAGUGCACUCAGUGACCAGGCAGGUCAGGGUGUUUUGUCUUGGUCGGUUUUCUUCUUGCUCUGGGUGUUUUUUGCACCCUUUUCUACCUCUUUUUUGGUAUUUUUCCUUAUACCUUUUCUUUUGACUUCUACUCUCUCUCUCUCUCUCUCUCUCUCAGGAAUCCUGUCAUUCCAUUGUAGUUUCUGCUAAGUGACAGUAUCUCUAAUCUAACUUAUCAGUGUUACUGAUAGAGACCGAGACACUUUGAACACUUCUAUGUCUGUCUGUGUGUGACAUCGUCUCUACUGUGUCUCCUCUAUACCACAACAUGUCUGCUCAUCUCACCCAUACACACACUUCUGUUCUAAAUGUUCUGGGUCAGAUCUCAGUCUGAUUAAGUGAGAGACUUCACCCAACUUCUGCUAUUGUUGGAUAGGUUGUAUCCUACAAAAUAUGGGGAGAGGACAAUGUUAUCAUGAUCAAGAAUGUACCCCUUCCCCAUAUUGGCUUUAAUCACGGCUAGGCAGAGCUCAGGUGAAACUACCCCUCCCAUCCUUAUCUGUGUAUAGAAACUGGUAUGUGUCUGGUAUGUGAAGGAUGCCCCAUUAACUGUAAAUGCUGAGGACAAUUACCCAGCCAACCUGUGCCAUGGUCACAGAUGAAACACACAGACACAGCUAGACAGAUCUCACAGCGGAAGAGAUAAACCCUCUCUUUUUCUGAUGAAUACUGUUGACUCUCUUUUACACUUUCUGUCUGUCCGUCUCUCUCUGUGUCUCUCUCUGUAGCAUGUCUGACAUGGUUGUGUAGAUGCUAUCUGUUGGAGUUUGCUCUGAGCUGACUGUGUGUGUGGCUCUAGAGGCCACAGACUGAGCGAAAUACCUUCAUUGUCUUCUGCAGACAGACUGUUGGGCUGUCUUUACCAAAUACUUAAAAAUACAUUCCCACCAAACCCUCAACAACUCUCCAGAUACCUCCUUUCAACUGGUCAUCUUAUAUUCUCUAUUCAGUGAGAACGUUAAGAACAUUGGUUUGAUUUUGCUGUAAGGUCAACUACUUAUACAUUGUGUUACUGUCAACGUAUGACAAGCUGAUCAGCUUUCUCUCUCUGUCUCUCCCUCUGUGUCCCCUUCCCCAGGUCCAGGACAUCUGUUUCAGCCAGGACAGUCGCUGGGUGGUGAUCAGCACGCUGCGUGGCACCUCCCACGUCUUUCCCAUUAACCCCUACGGUGGCGCGCCCUGCGCCCGCACACACAUGUCCCCCCGCGUGGUCAACCGCAUGUCCCGCUUCCAGAAGAGUGCAGGGCUGGAGGAGAUAGAGAAUGAACUGAACAGCAAGCAGGCUGGAGGAGGGAGGUGCAGCCCCAUCCCCGGGCUCUCCAGCAGCCCCUCGGGGUCCCCACUACACGGUAAGGAUAGAGGACACACACUCGUGCACACACACACGCACACGCACCCUGCACAGAGCAACAUCUCACUCAUCCUCUUACUAUUGUGCAGUACAUAA